CACGAGUAAACAGCAUUGUAUGGGAUCGCUAGGUGUUAGCUUCAAAUGCCAUGUAAUAUUAUCCUAUUACGCCCGAUAAAAGUUAUAAGCGACAAAUCCCAGGUAGAUAAGAGAUCAUACUAUAAAACAGUUUUAUUUUAAGCUUUUUAGUGUCAUGAUGAACUCGGAGCGACGUGAGGACGUUGUAAUAUUUGUGCUACGCUAACCUAGCCUGCUGAGCUAGCUUCCAGGCUUUUUGAGUAGAAAGUUUUACGUGGACAAUAUCAUGGCUGCGGGAGCGUCUUCUGGUGGUUCUCUGGAGUCCACUUUAGACAGAAAGUUUCAAAAUGUGACCAACACCAUGGAUUCAAUACAAGGGCUGUCUACGUGGUGCAUCGAGAAUAAGAAAUACCACAGUGUGAUUGUGCGGCAGUGGCUCAAACAUGUGAAGAAAGCCAGUCCCUCUCACAGACUGAAUCUUCUGUAUCUGGCCAAUGACGUCAUUCAAAACUGUAAAAGGAAAAAUGCCAUAGUUUACAGAACGGCUUUUUCUGAAGUUCUGGUUGAUGCUUUUUUGCUGAUCAACUCCGAUGGAGACGCCAAGGUGCUAAAAUCUGUGGAGAGGAUAUUGUCAAUUUGGGAAGAACGAAGUGUGUACGAAGGCAACCUCUUAUCUGACCUGAGGAGCGCUUUGGUCAAAGAGGAGUCACCCCCAGAGACCCCCGUUGAACAAAAGACACCAAUUGAAUCCACAGCCGAAAUACGCUCUAGGAUUGUAGCUGAAUUUGUGCCUCAGGCCUUUAUCGACCAACUGUCCAAGUACCAGCGCUCUGUGGACGAGGUGGACCUGAGAGAGAAACAGCUGACCGCCAUGAGGCUGGACAUCUGCAACUCUGAAACACUAAAGAAACUCAAAGAUAAAGCUGGAGGAAAGAAAUUUUCCAGAGACUUUGAGGAGGGAAGUGCACAGCUCCAAGAGUUUGUGAAGUUUCUCGAAAAACAAAAUAAAACAUCGGCCCCGAUCCUGGAAGCUCUGAGCAAUGCCGACGUCUUCUAUGAAAUGCAGUACAAAGAAGUGAAGAUUGUGGCAAAUGCGUACCAGACCUUUGCCAAUCGCGUGAACCAUCUGAAGCGUAAACUGGACAGUUUGAAGGCCACUCUGCCCAGCCUGGAUGACUCCCCCCUGCCCUCACCCUCUGCAGAUGCCCCCUCCCCCACGGGCUCAGAGUCCCCCUUCCACAACCUGUCCUUGGCCCAUCCUGACCCAGAACUGGAUGGGUCUGCUCUGGAUGACGAUGCAGAACCUCCAGCCCCCAGCCCCCUGUCUUCACCAGGGGCGUCCCCAAAACAUGCAACGAUCGGGGCCAGUGACAAUAUAGAGGUGGAGGACAUGGAGCUGUCUGAUGAGGAGAUGGACAGUGGCGGCAUUAUAGUGGAGGAGCAGACUGCGUACGCCGUUCAGACAGAGGUGCCCACUCCAGCCCCUCACAGCUCGGACUCAUCAGUCGUCCCACAGCCGACUGUCCCGGAGGUCACCCCCCUCGCUGCCCCUCUCAGCGCCCCUCCUGCGGCCGCAGUCGAAGGUGUUGACCUGGGUAAAAUUGGCUCUUUCCUCAACAGUUUGAGCUCAGUCAUAAAGAACACAGGACCCUCACAGGACUCCAAAAACCCUUCUUCUGCGCACACGGCCUCAGCUGCCCUUGCAGUUCUACAGGAUCAGAGCUCUUUGUCUAAACUUCUCUCAAAAGUGGAUAUGAGUGCGUCAGACCUGCUCAACGCUCUCACCAAAGUCCAAGCCAAAGGAGGGAUAGAGGGUAUCACUUCACUCCUUAACAGCCCUUCGUCCCUUUUGUCCGACUCUCCGGCUUCAGGCAAGAAACCGCCCCCUCUUUCCUCCACAUUACACACGGUCUCAUCCCCUGCUACAAUCAUUUCAGAGACCUCCAACCAAUCGCCCCCCUACCAAAGCCCCCUUCAGACUCAACCUGCCUCCUCUGCUCCGACCGAACCAGAACCCUCAACAUUAUCUGACAGUUUAGAGUCUAAAAUCCACAGCUUCCUUCAGGGAAAUCCAGCCUUCAGCACGUUCGAUUUGGGGUUUGGGUCGACACCGACAAAUGCAGCAAGUCCCGUGCAAGAAGGGACCCCUGUGCGUGACGAGGGGGGGAGCACGCCCACACAAGACGAGGUAAUGGACAAAACAAUGGUAGCACUUAAUCCCAAUCCAGUUUCUAUUGGAGAGACUAGUAGCAUUCUACCACAGCAAACUCCAGUUGUUCCUAAUGGCCAAUCUUAUCAGCCUUAUCCUUAUGCUGACAAUGCAACCCAGUCAGCUAGCACAGCACCAGCUGCAAAUUAUCAACAAAUUUUGGCACAAAUCGGAGAUGUAGCCCCCAGCGCUGCCUCAAACAUAACAAACAUUGUAGAAAAAAUCAAUGAAAGUGGUUGGUUUAAUGCCAUUUACCCAGAAGGCAGCUCUCAGCAAAGUUUAAAUGUGCCUCCGGGCCCAUUGGAGACCACACAGCCUGGGCAGUUCGCAUAUCAAUCUGUGCAAGAACCAAUAGAUGGCGCUGAUGUGUCCACUGGUGUAUAUCUACCUCCCAUCCCAGGCCCACCUGCUCCUCCCAACUACUACAACCCCACAGGUUUAGCUACUGGGGUCCCAGAGCAACACCCAGGCCCCAUGGAAGAGCCAGCGUCAGGUGUUAGCAGUUUACUCAGUGGCGUUAUAGUCCACGAUCAUCAACACAAGUCCUCUUUUCACCCGGACGACCCGAUUUCUGACCCCCACGCCCCUGAAUAUUUAGACGAAAGGCGGUACCACGAAGAUGAAAUGUAUCGGCGCGAACGUUUUCAAGAAGAGCCAUACGGGCCUCCAGGUGAGCCCUAUUUCGGACCAAGGCGCUUGACUCCACCCCUGUCCCCUCCAGAAGAUGAAUAUUAUGACUAUCAGCAUGGGGCAGCAACGUUAGCAAGGAGACCACCACUUCCACACCAUCCCGAUAUGAGAAUGAGAGGGAUGAGACCGCCUCUUAGGCCUCCUCCACUGGGACAUCAUCCAAGGGGGCAUCCGAGACCCCCGUUCCCAGGUGGGCGAGCUCCUGAGCCCUGGAUGAGAGGCAAAAGACCAGGGCCAAGGAGAGGAGGAGGAGGAGGAGGGGGUCCCAACUUUCCCCCCAAGAGGCCUUUUCCCCCACGGCGGCGCUGAGUGGAGGAGGUAAAGGGGGUUAAAUGAACAGCUACAGAUGAAAUGUCCAGUUUGAAGACACAAGUCGCACCAGAGAUGUGAAAGGAGCUGACCAGAAGAGAAGACAGAAGAGUAAAGAGAAUAAGAGGUGGAUAUAUAAUAUAAUUCACUCUUUGUGUUAUUGGUUCAGUCUAAACAUGUGUUUCUGUGAAGAAUGCUGAGUGCAUGGGGCGAGUGAGUGCAUGGUCAGAGUGAACCUUCAGUCGCUGUCCGGGCCAAAUGAAAUCGUAAAUAGUUAUUUUUGCUAAAAGUAACAACAGAAUGUAGUUGAUGCAGUUUUUUCUGCUGUUGUUUAGUUUUUAGUGAAUCUUUAUCCAUAAGCUGUAUCCGAGAGCCUUUGGCAAAUUAUCAAUUUAAAUCAGACUUUGGAAAGAAAGAUAAUGGUUUGUUAUAUAAAUAAGUUCUUUCGUGUACAAA